AGCGCUCCUGUCUGCGUCUGCCUCCAUUCUACAUCUGGCUCCUUUUAUCUGAUAUUUAAAUUCUGACCGCACGAUAAACUCUUGGACUUCAUUGCUGUGUUUUCCACCACGUUCAGCCAAGGAAUCUUUUUAUGUUGUUGGCUGACAAGAGCAGCUCUGACCACAGUCUGCAUGAGGAAACCUGAAUCCAUCAUGAACAGAGCUUGGAAAGGAUUGCUGAAGUCUGGCAUCAUCUUUCUGACCUUGAGUCUGUUUGUCUACAUGUUUUAUCACAUCGACUUUCUGGAGUUUCAGAGAACACCAAAUCCUCCAUUUAAGAACACAAGAGGUUCCAGCGAUCCAGGCUCUAAUCGAAACUCCUGCACCUUCCGACCUUUGUCUCCCGAGGAGAUUGAUGAGGAAAACACUCUUUUAGAUUCCAUAGCUUGGCCAAAUACUCCAUCUGUGCCACCUCCUGUUUCCUUGAAUGACACCACCAAUGCAGCCCGCAGCAAUUUUGUCAUUCUCCCAAGGCCAGGAGGUGGAUCGUGGCUCGUGGGGGAUCAGCUGGAGGUCAUGAUCAAGAUGUUUGACUUUAAGGGCCGUCCCAAGAAUCAUGGGGGAGAUUUCUUACUGGUUCGGCUACACAAUCGAACACUUGAAGCAGGUGUGGCAGGUCAAGUGGUGGAUCAUCUCAAUGGCACCUACUCUGCUGUGUUCCUCUUACCCUGGGAAGGAAAGUCACAGGUUGAGGUAACAUUGGUACAUCCCAGUGAGGCAAUCCCAUUCCUGCAGCAAUUUGCCGGUGAAAAGCCUAAUGGAGUGGACUUCUACAGCACUUUUCAUUCAGGCUUGCUCACUCAGAAAACCAUGUGCAGUGUGUGUCUGCCUCCAACCCAGCAGCCACAGUGUAACUACACUGACCUCAAUACAGGUGAACUGUGGUUCUGCUACAAGCCACAGAAUCUGAGCUGUGAUGCCAGGAUCAAGCACUUCAGCAUUUACCAAAACUCGUCCAAGGUCAAGGAGGACAUACUCUUUAAAAAUGGUGUCACCAUGAAUGUUGGCAUUCCAGCUUCAGGACCUGCUCAUGUCAUUGUUUUCCCAAAAAUGAAAGGUCAACUUGCAGCGACCACAGACAAGGACAUACCUGGACCUGCUGGUUACUAUUACAAAGGUCUGUGGAGUUCACUGAGUGGCGCCACAGUUAAACGGUUCAAUAACGCCUCUGCCAUCAGCCACUGCCUCAAAGACAAGGUGGUUCACAUGUAUGGAGACUCUACAGUGAGGCAGUGGUUAGAAUUCCUCUCUUCAGAACUAUCAGAUCUCAAGGUAUAUAACCUGCACAACAUGAAGCAGGCUGGACCUUACGUGGCACUGGACUAUGCCAAAAACAUCUUUGUGACAUACCGCUGCCAUGGCCUUCCUAUUCGUAUUUUGCCUUCACCAGUAACAGAGCUACAUUAUGUUGCCAAUGAACUCGACGGAAUAACUGGAGGGAAGACCACAGUAGUAGUUUUUGGUGUCUGGGCGCAUUUUACCACUUUCCCCAUCAAGUACUACAUCCGUCGGCUAAUGAGCAUCCGCAAGGCAGUUGUUCGACUACUAGCCAGAGCUCCAGAUACUAGAAUUAUUAUCCGGACAGCAAACCUGAAAAACUCUCCAAGCCCCUUUUCAGCACAGCUUGGUGGUGACUGGCCUUCACUGCAACGUGACAAGAUACUCAGGACCAUGUUUCAGGGAAUGGAUGUUUAUUUCGUGGAUGCCUGGGAGAUGACUGUGGCUCACUAUCUCAAGCAUGACAUCCACCCACCCCGUCCCAUCAUUAAGAAUAUGAUUGAUGUUGUUUUGUCAUAUAUUUGCCCUUGAAAAUAAUGGUUGGUGUAUUGUGUUCUUUUGAAAAAACAAAAACAAAUGUAACAAACAUGUUUUCUGAUGUGGAGGUUAUUUUAUGUGCUUAAACAAAUGUAAUCGGAUAUUUGUUAAUGGUGUGGCAGAGUUACUAUUUUCUAUUCACGGUGUGAUACAUUGUGGACAUAAGAAUUUGUGCAAUGUGUUAUGGGAAGUGGAGAAGAGGAGAGGAUUAAAAAAAGGAAUUGCACUUGACCGUGUACUGCUUGAUUUCUUUUCCCGCAACCCGAAAUAUUGUGAGUUAAGGGAUUAAUUGAUGCUUCUCAGGCCAGCAGUACACAAACUUUCUCAAUGAUUUGUCACCUGUGGUAUGUCAUGCAAAUUUCACUAAUUUUCAGUUUCAAUGAAGUUGCAGAAUCCAGAGUUUCUGAACAGAUUUCCUGAACUGUCUCAACCAGACAGCUUAAUGCAUCCUGCAUGGUGCCAUGUGGUGCUAAAGUAAACAACACACUCAAACCAGGUCAGUUGCUUUCUUUCAGUGCUCUGUGGUCCAGUUGAAAUGCCUGUUUGGUCAUUAUUGUUAAUUUUGCUGAUCAGUGUGGGUACCAAUAUGGUUGAUGUAAGAAUCAACAUUAACUUGUGCAGCACUUCGGUGACUUGGAUUUUGGGGUUUUGAUUGGUCCAAUAAAAUGAGAUCCUGUUC